AUGUGGAUAGUGGGCGCAACUAUUGCUGCAGCCGGAACUGCUGUUUUUAUAGAGCUCGGAACAGGAUUACCUCGAAGUGGCGGAGAGAAGAACUACCUCGAGUUCAUGUAUCGGCGACCAAAAUUUCUCAUAACUUGCAUCUAUACGAUUUAUGCUGUCGUUACGGGUACGGCUGCCGCAAACAGUAUUGUUUUUGGAGAAUACACUCUACAUGCCCUCGCUAUAGAACCGACCAGCUUCAAUGCCAGGUUUAUUGCCUAG